AUGAACGGCGGAACGUACAACCACAUUGUGCCCUCAUCGGAGCUCAAUUGCGCCAGGUUCUCAGGUGAGAGUAUCAACGAGUUGAGAUCACAGUUGGGUCUCCUGGCGAGCUUUAGCCCGGCUUUCGAUUUCUGCCCAGGGGAUCCAGAGGCCGGCGCCAAUCCUCAAACGACUCAAAAUACCUCCAAUAAAGACACGGCAUUGUUUAGAAUGUCACAACUAGUGCUCCGGUUUAUCCAUCUACUCCUCAGUUGGUAUAUAUAUGCCAGUACUAUCACUAAAACGGAGCAUGAAACUUUCAGUGCGCUUAUUAAUAAGGCUCACUCUGACGUCAAAAUGGCGGUAGAUACCGAAAUUGGAACCCACCAGGAAAAUGACGGAUCUCAAAUCUUGCCUCGAAACAAACGAAAAGGUAUUUUCGCACGGAUCCACAGACUCCGCUUAAUCUUGCAAAUUGGCCCUGGCCAGCUUAGGAAUGCCAUAUCCCAGCCUACUCGGAAAACCGUACCCGUUUCAGAGAUUCAACUCCUCAAUUCGUUACCCAACAGGCAACUCAUCCCGACCCACUUGGGUGCCAUAUUUAAGGUACAUCCCUUCGUGACUCCUCGUCCCAAAGAUUUACCCCAACCGUACGUUGGCAAGGAUAGGCAGAUUGUGGUACCAAAAACCAAGAAUAUCCGGCGCUCUCUUUGCGAGCAAACAGAGUUUCUGGUCAUGAAAAGCGCCCACUACUCCGCAGAAAAAGUUCGGAUUUUCAUUGAACUCGCACGAUUGAUCACCUGGAGUGCUGCUUCGGGAAUUCGAACCGUCACGGUUUAUGAGGAAAGCGGCAAUCUCUGGCAAAACUUGAGCGAUAUAUCCAGCACUGUAGGUGCUGAGUGUUUUGCGCUAUACGGGGAUUUGUCAAGAGUUCCGUCGAUUAAAAUUGUAGACAGACAAACUGGUGACUAUGCCAUCAUCCCCUCCGGUGAAUCCGUGGCCUCCCCAACUUCAGAUUACAACCUUGCCACCACCAGAGGUAACAUGUAUAAGAACCACACUACUAUCGAUGCGCCGGAGGCACUUACUGAGGGGGUCUGUACACCAAUUGCUUGCCAAAUAGCCCAGCUUACCGUUUUCUUGUCUAGCAGAAGAGAUACCAGCGAAAAGGUCAUUUCGAUCAUUAAGGAGGCGCACUAUAGUUCGGCUGAGAACCCCUUGCAGAUGCUUGAUCGAAAGCUUGAACUUUUUGCUUGCCCGUCGAUUAUCAUUCGGGCCGGUGGGGAGCGAGAAUUUGUGCAGAAGUUGGACGGAUUUCCGGCAUUUGGACACGAUUCAGAGCCCUUGUUCUACGCCCGGCACGAAAAGUUUGGGUUUAACUUCUUUUUGAGGGCUAUCAGCGCCUAUGUGGCGUCCAUUAAAGAUGAUCAGUUGAUGGACAAGUGGCAAACGGAGGAGUCGAAGAAGUAUGCGUAA